AUGCCCCCCACCAGAGACACGUCCGCACCACCCGCUAGCACGCCGCCCUAUGCUACCUCGCCCGCCCGACGACGGAAGGUGCCCCCUACCCAUGCACCACCAAGCGACGUAAUCGUCAUUUCCUCAGAUGAUGAGAGUCCCCCACCUCAGCCGCGAUCUACGUCAAAAUGUGUCGGCAAGGGCAAGGACAGUGUGCAACCAAAGAGGAAACCCCCUAAAGCCUCGAGAAGCGUGCUUGAAAUCACCCCAGACAAUGACUCCGCUGAGUGGAGCGGUAUUCACGCUUCAAGCGCGGCAGGGGGAUCUUUCGAAAAGAAAGUAGUGGAAGCCGAAAAGGAGAUAGCGAGAAUGAAGGAGGAGAACCGCGUCCUGAAAGCAAAGAUAGAGGAUCUGAGUGCAUGUAUAUCCCUCCGCAAGUCUUCGUCCCCCUUGAAGGCGACAGAUACGGCUCCCUCAGGCUCUGCCGUUAUCUCACUCGACGACCUCGACGACCUCAUCUCAUGUCAGGUGUGCAUGCUCAAGAUGUGGACUCCCUAUCUUCUUCCCGACUGCGGUCACGCCUUCUGCCAGUCGUGCCUCGUCGACUGGUUCGACACCACCCUCACUCAGUUCACCGCCUCUCAUCCCCACUACAACCCCAAUAGCGCUCACAGUACGAAUCAUCAUCGCCCUGCGGCUACACAUUCAUACGCAUCCCUGCCUCCCGAAGUCAUCAACUUCCUCCGCGAGCCCCAAAUCUCCUAUAAUCCCGUGCCUGCGCUGUCAAUGACCGCUCAUCAGAUCCUAGCCCGCCAUCGACUCGACAUUACUCGGCAGAGACAAGGCUGGGGCGGGCACGGCGGUAAUGCUGGCGGUAACGGCGGUGGUGCAGGUGCAGAAAAACCCGAGUACACGUGCCCGUUCUGUCGCCUGGCCCUCCGCUCUCAACCCAUAGAAGAUUUCCGCCUGAAGGAGAUCAUCAAGAAGCUUUCAGAGGCGGCCGGCGAGAAGGAAAAGCCCUUGAAGGGAAGCGCGGCUCUGAGGAAUCCGUUUGUAACCUAUUUCCCUUGAAUAACCGAGGAUAUGUAUGUCUCUUAUGUCGCGUUGUGUAGGCUACUUGCCCCUGUUGAUGGACUUGGCUU